UCGUGCAUCGCGGGUAUGCCGUCAGCUCCGCCUGCAUGUUUCUUAUUGUUUAAAAAAACGAAGGGGAUGUGCGCUUCUGUAUUCCAUUGUUGAAUUCGAAAGAUGAACCGAACGAUGAUCCACAGGCAUGAAACUGGUGUUUCCGCUUACUUUUGUGGGAGUGUAGAUGACAUCUGUGCGCGCCGUCUCAAACGGACUCUCCGGUUCGGUAUAUCGUUGAUAAAGAUGAGAGGCUGGAUCUGCUGCUGGGUACAGGUCCGGAAGAACUUCACCACCUUGUUCGUAGGGAUUAUCUUUGCAGCCCUCCUCAUAUUGGGAGUCAACUUUCAUACAAGCUCAGAACUUACCCCACGGCAAGAAAUUUUAGAUGCCCACUCCCCAAGGAGGAACAUGUCAGAAACUGUGAAGUCCUUCAGGUCCUGUCAACCCAAAAGAAAUGUGAUGUUCCUGAAAACCCACAAAACAGCCAGCAGCACCAUCCUGAACCUGCUUUACCGCUUUGGGGAGAAACAUGGACUCACCUUUGCCCUGCCCACCCACUACCAGUUUGGCUAUCCCAGCCUAUUCAGCUCACGUAGAGUAAAGGGUUUCUUGCAGCGGGAUGGACCACACUACAACAUCAUGUGCAACCAUAUGAGAUUCAACAGACCUGAGGUGCAGAAAGUGAUGCCAGCAGACACCUUCUACUUUUCAAUUGUCCGCAACCCUGUCACACUGGCUGAGUCCUCCUACAGCUACUACAAGUCUGUGGCACCAUCCUUCAAGCGCUCUGUCAAUUUUGAUGCCUUUAUUGCUAAUCCCUGGCGGUACUACUUACCACAGCUGCACAACAACCACUAUGCUCGGAACCUUCUUUGGUUUGACUUUGGCUUUAACCACAAUGCAAACUUCUCACUCAAGGUGGCCCAGGCUGGGGUGGAUGAAAUCCAGCAGUCUUUCCAUCUCAUCCUACUAGCUGAAUAUUUUGAUCAGUCAAUGGUCCUCCUGCGGGAUGCUUUGUGUUGGCCACUGGAUGACAUUGUCACAUUCAGGCUCAAUUUCCGCAGUAAAGAUACUCGACGCCGCCUGUCUGUAGAACAGGAGGAAAGACUUAAGCAGUGGAAUGCUAUGGAUUGGUAUUUAUACCAAAGUUUCAAUAAAACAUUCUGGCAGAGGGUGGAAAGAUUUGGAAACAGUCGGAUGGACCAGGAAGUGGCUAGCCUUCAGGCCCGCCGAAAGGAACUUAUGGACCUCUGUCUGUUGCAGGGUGGAAAACCGGCAGAGGCAAGCCAGAUUCUUGAUCGAGGAGUCCGUCCAUUUCAGUUUGGCCAGGCUAAGAUCCUGGGAUACAAUUUGAAUUUAAAUCUCAGCCUUUCAGACAAAGAAUACUGCUUGCGAAUGAUCAUGCCAGAACUGCAGUAUAAGGACUUGCUUGACAGCAAACAGUUUCCAAGGGCAGAGGGCGUGCCGAAGCAAGCUGUGGCUAAAGAGGGCAUCAGGCCGCAAGCCAAUGUCCACCUCGUGCUUCAGGAUCAGUAG